AUGUCGAACCCUGCGGAAACUUGUGCUUCGGUAGCAACACACAGAAUUCUUUCUCUCAAAAAUCACUUCAAAAACUCCUCAGAUCCAGCAGAAGACUCAUAUAAAGCAAAGAUGGCAUCUUCAUAUAAAUUUCAAGGAUGGAUGGCACUAGAUAAAGAGGCUGACAAGGGAAACAUGGUAUGGCAAGAAUAUGAACCCAAGAAAUGGACAGAGGAUGAUGUCGAUAUCAAAAUAACCCACUGUGGUAUUUGCGGUUCUGACCUUCACACUUUAAGAUCUGGAUGGGGUGCGACAAAGUAUCCAGCCUGUGUAGGACAUGAAGUAGCCGGUACCGCAGUUAAGGUUGGAAGGAACGUCAAGCAUAUCAAGCUUGGUGAUCGAUGUGGUGUUGGUGCACAAUCAAGUUCUUGUCUGAAACCAGAUUGCGAGGAGUGCGCAAGUGGAAUGGAGAAUCACUGCACGAAGAUGGUUGGAACUUACAAUGGAACAUAUCCUGAUGGCUCCAAAUCAUAUGGUGGUUAUGCAGAUUACUGCCGUGCUCCCUCACAUUUUGUUAUCAAGAUUCCUGAUGGACUUUCUCUGGCCGAAGCUGCCCCUAUGUUAUGUGGAGGUGUCACAACAUGGUCACCCCUUGUCAACAAUGGAGCCGGACCCGAAAAACGAGUUGGUAUUGUCGGCAUCGGAGGUCUAGGUCACUUUGGUCUUCUUUGGGCCAAAGGUCUCGGCUGCGAAGAGGUUGUUGCAAUCUCCCGUUCAGGCGCAAAGAAAGCCGACGCGGAGAAGAUGGGUGCGACCAGAUUUAUUGCUACCGACGAAGAUCAGGAUUGGGCCAAGAAGAACUCUAGAUCCCUCGACUUGAUCGUUUGCACCGUCUCCAGCCCGAAGAUGCCCAUUGCUGGAUAUCUUCAAUUGUUAAAAACCAAAGGAGAAUUCAUUCAAGUUGGAGCCCCGGAGGAUGUCAUCCCAGCUUUAAACAUGUUCGCCUUCAUCGGGAAGGGAGUCAAGCUUGGUGGCAGUGCUAUCGGUACACCAAAAGAGAUUAGUGAGAUGUUGGAGUUUGCUGCGAAGAAUAAGAUCCACCCUUUGAUUCAGGAGAGACCAAUGUCGGAUGCAAACCAAGCCAUUGUUGAUAUGGAGGAUGGAAAGGCUCGUUAUCGCUAUGUCUUGGUUAAUGAAAAACAUGCAAAGGAGUUAAAAGAAUGA